AUGGGUGAUAGACUCACACAGCUGCAAGAUGCCGUCGACCAGCUUGCCCAACAGUUUGUUGCUUGCAUCUACUUCAACUCCCGCCAUCACGACCUCGAUAAGCUCGGGACCAGCGAUGCCAUAAGGGAAUUAAAGCCCGAGGAACAGCGAGGGGAUGUCGAGCCGAUUCCUCCAGAAGAGUUCAAGUCGGGGCAGCUCGAGCUUGCCCGUGACCUCAUCUACAAAGAGCAGCAGAUCGAAUACCUGAUCACAACUCUGCCCGGAAUAGACAAUAGCGAAGAAGACCAAGAGCAGUAUAUCAAAGAGUUGGAAGAGGAGCUCAAGGUUGCCGAGGCGCAAUUUCAAGAGGCAUCCAAGGAGAAAGAUACCAUCCUCGCGAAGCUCGACGAGAUCAUCCAAAGCAUACGGCGACCAUGA